UCUGCUGCCGCCUCUGGUUACGCACGCCAAGCCAAGCCAGCCCUUCGCCUCCGAUUCUGCGCACACCGGCAGACCCAAAGCCUGUCAUUUCUGCACAACACAGUUUUUGCUUUCCUCCUCCUCCUCUCACUCCAGUGGUGGGGAGGAAGGGGGGGGGGCACACACAGAGAGAGGGAGAGAGACGGAGAAACACUCGCAGGACGGCGAGGAGCAACGCCGGGGAGCUCCAGUCCCUGAGCCGAGCAUGGCUUCGGGGGACCUUUACGAGGUUGAAAGGAUUGUAGACAAAAGGAAGAACAAGAAAGGCAAAUGGGAAUAUCUUAUAAGGUGGAAAGGUUAUGGAAGUAAUGAAGACACGUGGGAACCAGAACAUCACCUAUUGCACUGUGAGGAAUUCAUCGAUGAAUUCAACGGGCUGCACGUCACCAGGGAAAGGCGAGCGAAGCACGGGAAGCAAGCCAGCGGGCCCAAGUUUUUGCGAGAAAGCAGGGGCUCCCCCCUUGACAAAAUAUCACACAGACCCCCUGACUCUGGGAAAAGCAAGGGAUUGCCCCAUAAAAGAAAACGCAUGGCCCCAACAUUUCAAAAGCCAAAAAAGGGCUACGCGUCCAAACCAGCAUCUUCAGGUGACAGAGCUGCUAAAACAGUAUCUUACCGGACUACCCCCAGUGGUUUACAGAUUAUGCCCUUGAAAAAGCCACAUAAUGGCCUGCCCAAUGGAGACACCAAUUAUGAGAAGGAUGUGGGACAUUUUCGGAACGGUUCCCAAAAGCCAAACGUGGAUUUAAAUGAGCAGGACGGAGAGCACGAUUUGCCCGGAGUACUAGAUGUUAAUAAUGAGUCCCCCGUCAUGAAUGGGAACGGUUCCCCCCUAACCAAUGGAAGCCUGAACCUUCAUAACACUGUAAAAAGGAAAUUGGAAGGGGAAAAGGAUUACGUCUUUGAUAAGAGACUGAGGUACAGCGUGCGUCAAAAUGAGAGCAACUGUCGGUUCAGAGACAUUGUUGUGCGCAAAGAAGACGGAUUCACACACAUCCUCCUCUCCAGUCAGACCUCAGAUAACAACGCACUGACUCCAGAGAUCAUGAAGGAAGUCCGGAGAGCCCUGUGCAAUGCAUCCGCCGACGACAGCAAACUCCUGCUUCUCAGUGCAGUGGGCAGCGUCUUCUGCAGUGGCUUAGAUUAUUCCUAUUUAAUUGGCAGAUUAUCCAGCGACAGGCGAAAGGAGAGCGCAAGGAUUGCAGAAGCCAUAAGGGAUUUUGUAAAAGCGUUCAUUCAGUUUAAGAAGCCAAUUGUGGUGGCAAUCAACGGUCCUGCCCUAGGCUUGGGAGCUUCUAUAUUGCCACUUUGUGAUAUCGUUUGGGCAAGUGAAAAGGCUUGGUUUCAGACCCCGUAUGCAACGAUUCGGCUCACGCCAGCUGGCUGCUCAUCUUACACCUUCCCACAGAUACUGGGCGUUGCUCUGGCAAAUGAAAUGCUGUUUUGUGGAAGGAAGCUCACAGCACAAGAAGCCUGUAGUAGAGGACUCGUCUCACAAGUUUUCUGGCCCACGACAUUUGGGCAAGAAGUGAUGCUGAGGGUGAAAGAAAUGGCAUCCUGCAGUGCAGUGGUGUUGGAAGAAUCUAAAUGCCUGGUUCGGAGUUUCCUAAAAUCUGGCCUUGAAGAUGUGAACGAGAAGGAAUGUCAGAUGUUAAAACAGCUCUGGAGUUCUUCCAAAGGGUUGGAUUCCCUCUUCAGCUAUCUGCAAGACAAAAUUUAUGAAGUCUGACAUGGUUUCGCGACUUGAAAGAGUAAAGCAAAA